AAAGAUCACAAUACCAUCAUAAAAUGGCGCCAGGAGGGGCGCCGAAUGACGCCAACCUCAGCGCUGUAGCGCAAAGAGGACAUAGUGAAGAGGGUGAUAAAUCAACAACAACACUAUCAACAAUUGCUGUAAAAGCUGGUGUCAAUGCAUCAAUUGUAGUUGCACUUUUAAAGAGUGCUGGUUAUAUCCAACUUCGUGUUGAUGAAAUGCAGCCGAAGCUACUUUCGAUAGGAAAUUCAUCACAAGAAGCUAGAGAUUUGCUCAACAUCCAUGAUGAUCUCAUCAGAAGGCUUCAAGACAAAGAUGACCAGGUAGUAGCUCUCUUGAGUCGUGCCGACAGCCUCGGAGCAGAAAAGACGAAUCCGAACGAAGCGAUUGUUUACGACGAAAUGGCGAAGAGUUUGCGGGAGACGUGGAGAUCGUUGAACAGACAACUUCUCCUCAGAGGAUAUAUGCUCAGAGAGACUGUACAGUUUUAUACAUUGGCUGAAAGUCAUGAAAAGUUAUCCAAUGCUAAAACUAUUGAAAUUGUGCAACAAAUCAACGAGCAAAACUCUCAACAACUUCAAUCAUCCAUCGAUAAGCUUAUUAAUGACAUCAUUGACACAACUGCUUCUGUAGUAGAUUUGGGAUCUUCCGUCAUUUCACAAAUUCGUACAUUGGGACAACUUGAUGACAAUCCAGAGAGACCACAAGAGAUUUUAGAUGCAUCAGUAAAAAUUGAAAGUGUUAUGUUGAGAGUUGCUGCUGAUUGGGAACGAUCCGAAGGACUUUGGCAGCAGCGAAAGUCGGGAGCAACACAACAAAAUGCUACAACUACAACAGAAGAUGAACUCGUUGUUAUUGAACAAUGGCUAACUUAUGCGGAAAAGAAAGUCAAAGCUCUCAACGAUGCUGGACAGAAAAAUGUUCUUACUGAAGGAAAUAAGCAUGUAUCCCGUCUUCGUCACCUAGCGCAGAGUCCAUCAUCAGACGGGGGACGUAUUUCUCAUCUUUCCGGUAGAAUUGAGGAAUUCCUUCAUUAUCUGAAAACCCGAAUGAAUCGAUCACAUCGAAUUCACGCUUUCCUUCAAGCCGCAAAAUCGAUGGUAUCUCAGUUGAAUAUGAUGGUUGAAGACAUGAAAUGCGCAAAUGCGGCUAUGGCUGGAGAGCUAGCACCUUUGGCAAAGCAGAAAGCAUCUCCUCUUAUCCACGAAGGAAAGGAUAUCGCUUCAAAAGAAGUUCUGAGCUACGAAGAACAACGACUUGUCAAGCAAUACGUUGAAGAUUUGUCAGAAAAGUUGCGUGAGAUAGAAGCUCUUGCAAAGCAAAGGAAAGAGUCUGGAAAGACGACUUCUCAUUUCUCAAACAUCCAAUCAUGGCUGGAUGGACAAGCUUCUGCAUUCUUAGCACAGAAAGGUGAUAUGGGUGGAAAUUUGAAUGAUGCUCGUGAUUUCGUUGUCUCUCAUAAACAAUUUGCAACUGAAAUCGUCAACCGAGACGCUGACGUUAUGAGUCUUCUCGCCAAGAAGCCACAAAUGUCUCCAGAUGAAGAACAACAACUGACCGAUUUUAUGAAGAAGUAUGAAAAAAUAAAAGACAUUUCGGAGAACCGAAUUCAAAUUGGCUCCACUUACGAGCAAGUUCACAAGUUUGGAAAAGACCUUGAAGGUUCAUUUGAUGCUCUUCAAACACUUUUGGAGAACAAUCAAGAAUAUACAAAUGAGAAAGUGGCGGCACAAAUUUCCAACGUGUUCCAGAUGAUUUUAGAAACUUUGAGUCAAGAGAAACAUCAAGCUGAAAAGUUCAUAUCAAAUGCAACUCAAAUCGGAAAAUCAGACGAGUGGUUGAAUAUCCAAAGAGCUCAAGAAGCAGUUCGCAAUAUGAUUACCGACCAUGAGAACAGAUUCAAAUACGUUCAACACAAAUGGACUGAGUGGCAGAGAGAUAAGAAUGUACAAACCAAAGUUGAAACUGUAAUCGAAGAGAUUCAAAUGUGGCAGACAGAUGUUUUAGAGUUUAUUGGAAAGGUCGAUAACUCAACGGUCACAAAGAAAGAGGAAGUUGAGGAGAUUCAGAAGAGGAUUGCUUCAUUCAAAAGUGCUGCUGAUAUGCAUAAAUCAACAUUAGAGACAUUGAAAGAAGAAAACCAAAAUGAAGAACAAAUCAGUAGAAUCAACGUUUUAAUUGAUAAAACUGAUUACGUCAAAACACGGCUUGAUCAGUUGAGCCAGAAAGUUGAACUUACCUCUUUGCUCAAAAUUGUGGAAGAUGUGCAAAUAUGGCAAGAAGAAAUGGUUGAAAUAAUAAGAAACAUGAAUCAAGUUGUCACUACUCAAUCCAACAACCAAGAGCAGUUCGAGCAAGUAAGGCGAAAAAUUGAAGAUUUGAAAGUUGAAGUCGACAAGAAGAGCGAACAUUUGGAAGCAUGCAAAACACUUUCGCAUAAUGAGACAUUCCAAACUCAGCUGCAUAAAACAAUUGAGAAUCAAGAACAAAUCCGUCGUACUACUAUCGAACUUCAAGAGAAGUUGGAAGUAUCAAAGUUGGUUCGGGUGGUGCAAGAGAUUCAGAUGUGGCAAGAAGAAGCUAUUGAGAUUAUCCGAAUGUUGGACAGAACUCAGCCGGCAAGCAUUCAAGAAGCCAAUGAACUGAUUGACAGAGUUCAUGAUUUGCAACAGACCAUCGAACACAAGUCAGCUAGAAUUCAAGAAGUCAAAAAAAUGUCUCAAGUUCCCGAAUUUGUGCACAAAAUGGAAGAGGUAGAGCACGUUCAAGAACAACUCAAACAUCUGACAGUUGAAUUGGAAGAAAAGUUGGAGCAACAGAAACUCGUGAAAGUAACAGAACAUAUCCAAAUGUGGCAAGAAGAAAUGAUUGAAAUUAUCAAGAUGUUUGAUAGUACGCCAAUGAAAACUGUUCAGGAGAGCCAGGAAUUGCAAGAGAAAGUAAAGCUCGUGAAAGAAGCUAUUGAAGUUCAGCAGCCAAAAAUUGAGGAUGUUGUGGCAAAAGCUAGAGAUAUUGCAGUGAAGACACAAAUUUCAAGAGCUGUUGAAAAACAAAAAGUUAUCAGGGAAAUGGCCGAAACAUUGGAGCGUAAGGCUAUUUCUGCAACUUUCGAACUUUCAAAACCACAGCAAACGAUUGAAGAGACUAAAACUAUCGAGCUCACCAGCCUUGAACAAACUCAAAUAACAUUGACUCCUGAAGAGAAGCAAGAACUUCAGAUUCUGAAGAAAAUUGUGGAAGAGAUCCAAAUGUGGCAAGAAGAAACUAUCGAAAUAAUUCAGUUGGUUGAUAAGACUCCAAAAACAGUCCAAGAAUCAGAGACUAAAAUCAAAAAAGUCAAUGAAAUUCAGCAAACAGUUGUUGCUCAGACACGAAGACUCGAGGAUGCAUCAAGAUUUAGAAAAGAUGAAACAUUUACAAAAACAGUACAGGAAACCAUGACCAAGCAACAACAAGUUCAACAACUAGUGAAGGAGCUUCAUGAGAGAGCUGCUUCUCAAAACAUUGUUGUCCGAAAACAGGAGGAGGAACGUAGUCGAGUUCAGGCUCCACAGAUUAUCACUCAACUAAAAGAUGAUGUAGUUGACGAAGGUUGUCGAUAUGAAUUCUCAGCAAGAAUCAAUGGAGAGCCAGAACCAACAAUUUCAUGGUUGAAGGAUGGAAUUGAUGUGAAGAGCAAUAUGGAUUACCGUCAGGAAUAUGUGAAUGGAGUUGCAACUCUUGUUAUCGAAGAAAGUUUCAUUGAGGACACUGCUGAGUAUACUGUAAAAGCAACCAAUACAGGUGGAACCGCAUCCAGCAGUGCUAGUCUAAUUGUAAAAUCUAGAAGUGCAAUGUCAUCUGCGAUUCUGGAAGAAGACAAACCAAGAUUCGUGAAACAAAUGCAAAGUGUUCAAGUGAAUGAAGGGGAAACAGCUCGUCUCGACUGUGUAGUUGUUGGAAAACCAGAACCAGAGAUCACUUGGUUCAAAGAAGAAACUGCAGUAAAAGAAAGCGAACGAGUUCAUUUAACAUUCUCAGGGGAUCAUUGUCAAAUGAUCAUCGAUAAAACUGUUCCCCUAGACACUGGAAUUUACACAGUCCGUGCGAAAAAUGUACAUGGAGAAGUAGCAAACUUCUGUCAACUACGAGUUGUUCCAAAGAAGCAACCACCUCCGCAAACCCCUCCAAAACCAAGAACUCCAAUUCAAAGACCACCGGUUAUUCAACCAGCACUUACAAAUACCACGUGGCAAGAGGGAGAAACUGCGACACUUCAAGUAUUCUCAUAUGGUGAACCCAAACCAAGAGUUCACUGGAAAUUUAACGAUUCGCCUGUUCAAACUUCGAGCCAAGUGCAGAUUUCAGAGCAAGAAGAUGGUUGGUCUAGACUCACGAUUCAGCAAAUUUCUCCUGUUAAUGCUGGAAUGUACACUGUAGUAGCUGAGAAUGAGAUUGGAGAAGCUGUUACUGGAGCGACUGUACAUGUUCAGCCUUCCCUUAAACGAGUUGUCACAACGGAACACCAUCUUCAGGAAGAUAUGAAUGAACAAAUUGGUCAACCAGUUCAGCAAACCAUCAUUACUAAAAAGAGUCAGGAGUUGGAAACAAGAGAAAAAACAGAUUUCCCACAACCAAGAGAACCUGAAAAAAUUGUUGAUGAGAAGAGAUGGGUUGAACUAGUUGAACAACAUUUUGAGGAACAUCUGUCCCAAAGAUCUAUUUCUCCAGUUCCGCAAAUCAGAGAAGUACGCAAAACUGAAUCACAGCAGAGAUGGAUUGAUACAAUUGAUGAAAUCUGGUCACCAAUGAGGGAAGUAGAUAUUACUGAAACUAGAACAGUAUCAGGAAUGGAUCAAUACAGUUCACAUAAUGUUCAUGAACCAUCUCCAAGGCCAGUUGGAUAUCAUACAACCACAACUACCACUAACAUUUCACACAUCGGACAGUCACAUGAGCCAGUUCAACCAGUUAUGGGAAGAUCAACUUCUUCAAACGAAACAGUUAAAACUAUGAAUAUUGCUACAAUCCGACAAUCACCACAACGAGAAGUUUAUGAAGCAAGAACAACUCCAGGACCAACCUCAGAACAUGUUGCAACAAUCAGAAAAACUCCAGUGAGAGAAACCCAUCAGUCAUCCAUUACAAAGGCACCAUCAUUAGAAAAUGUUGCCAAGAUUAGACAAUCUCCGGUACCAGAAUCUCAUAUAUCUACUCUCACGAGGAGAAGCCCAUCAGUCGAAAAUAUUGCUAAGUAUCAACAAGCUGCACAACCAGAAACUCACAGAGCAACAACUACUGGAUCACAGCCUGUUGCUAAUAUCGCACAAGUACACAAUCCAUCUCAACCGGAGCGUCAAGUUUUCACUAAAGAAACACCAAAAAUUGAUAGAAUCGACGAUAUUCUGGCAACACCUCACGAGGAGAAAGUUACAAAAGUUGUUAAGCAGACAGAAGUUAUUACAAGCGAUGUUGAUAAAAACUAUCAAGAACAACAACAGAAGCAACAACAAGUCACGAGCACAGUUACUGAAACAACUUCUGGAGAAGGAUGGGUUCAACAUCAACAUCAAGACUUUGUAGAACCACACAAAUCGACUAUUACUGUUAAGAAACUGGAUAUUGAAGAACAACAAAAUAUCAAUCAACAAAGGUUUGCUCAACCAGAACAGAAGCAUAUUACAACAGAAAAGAUUGAAGAAGACCUUCACAGAGAAUCCCGAAUUCCUGUCAAACGAGAACCACAGACAACAACUACUGUAACGGAGAUCACUUCUGGAGAAGGAUGGGUUCAAAAUAGUCAUCAAGAUUUCCAGAAUCCACAUCUUUCAACGACAACUGUCAAGAAACUAGAUAUUGAUGAAGGACAUCAUUUGAACUACCAAACAGCUGAACAGCUACAACAACAAGUGGUGAAAACUAGAACGAAGGAGGAAAAUGAAUCUAGGAUUAGAAACGAGUCGAAGAUUCCUGUAAAGAGGGAGCCCAAGACAACUACUACAGUAACAGAAACAACUUCUGGAGAAGGAUGGGUUCAGAAUGUUCAUCAAGACUUGAGAAGGCCAGAACAAUCAACAGUCACGGUGAAAAGAUUGGAUAUUGAAGGUGGUGAACAUGUGCAACAUGACACGCAACAAUUGAGGAACCAGCAACAAGUAGUUACAACAAAAACAGAAGAGGAAAAUGAUCAAAGAAUGAAGAACGAAUCACGUAUUCCGGUUAGAAGAGAACCAAAGACAACAACUACUGUAACUGAAACUACUUCUGGUGAAGGAUGGGUUCAAAACUCGCAUAUGGAUGCAGCUAAUCCACAAAAGUCUACAGUAACAGUAAGACGGCUAGGAAUUGAUGAAGAAACAACGAAGAAAACAUCUGCUAGACCAAUAAGUUCUGAAAUAAGACGUCAGACUGAUGAGGAAUCGUCUGUCAGACACCGCGAUAGUUUCAUUCAAGCUUCUGACGUUGAAGGAUUCUGGACCGAUGGUGCUUACACUGAUUCCGCUCCAACUCCACCACCACAACCAAUUCACAGAAGUACUGCAGAAGAUAAUAUGCAGAGGAUUGGAUUGUCAAGGACUACAACAGAACCUGAGUUCAUCAAAGCAUUCGAAAGAGAGUAUACAGUAGAAGAAGGUGGAAGGAUUGCCAUUGAGUGUAUUCUUGUUGGAAAUCCAAAACCUGCUGCCAGAUUUUUCUUCAAUAACAAGCAAGUGACAGAAAAGUCAGAGUUCCUAAAGAUUUGCCACGUUAAUGACACCUAUUCAAUCAUUAUCAGUCCUGCAAAGCUAGAGCAUGCUGGAUACUACAAAAUGAUAGCAGAAAACAAGCGAGGAGUAACUGAAUCUCUCACGGUGCUUCACGUCCGGCCAAGAUCACUUCAAAAGUACCAACAAAAGAAACAAGAAGAAACUCGUAUGCAACAACAAGCACGAAACGCUGGCCCAACCGAAUACACGACUGUCGAAGAGGAGUUUGCAAUGUUUGAAUAUGAACAAAGAAGACCACUGAAACAUGAAGCAUCAAAACUCUCAACUCCGCCACCAGCAAAACGAAUUGAAUUAGAACAUAGAAAAGACGAGGAGCAUUUGGAAACGUAUGAUUUGGAAGGAAAAAAGAAAACUGGGCAUCCUCCACAUUUCACCCAAACUCUUGUGUCAACUGUAGUUGCACAAGGUGAAGCGACCACAUUUGAGGGUAUCGUAACAGGAUGGCCUGCUCCAAAUGUUGAAUGGACUAAUGAUGGGCGACCUCUUGAUUUGAAGGAUAUCAGAGUUUCAAAUAUUGGUGGACGGGUCUCAUUGAACUUCCAGAAUUGUCAGCUAUCACAUGUUGGAAAAUAUAUGUGCACAGCCAAAAAUGAUAGUGGUGUUGCUACAAGUAGUGCUCAAUUAGUUGUCAGACCAAAAACGAUUGCACCUGAUUUCAUUCAACGUUUGAUCAGUGAAGAAAUUGAAGAAGGUAGUCAAUUGAAAUGGACAGUCCGAGUUACAGGAGAUCCUAUGCCAAAAGUUAUUUGGAUGAGGGAUGGAUUUGAGAUUCCUGAUUGCGAAGAAGUCAGAAUUGUCGACCACGGUGAUGGGUAUCAUUCACUGGUGAUUGUCAAAGUUGAAGGUGCCGAUAGUGGUCAAUUCACAUGUUUGGCUGAAAAUAUUGCUGGUGAAGCAAGAAGCACAGCUGAUUUAGUAGUUAGACCACAAGGAACAGCUCCAGGAAACUACUUCCAUGUAACGAAAGUCACACAGGAGAAGCAGGCAAGCGGAACAGAACCAACAACAACGAGCGCAUUUUCGAUCGAAACACCACGACAAAGCGAAAUGCUGUGAGCUAAUUGAAACUGAAAAUAUCAUAAAUUUCAUCAAAAUUAUAAAUUUCCACAUUUCCUUUUUUUGUUAUUAUUCAUUUUUAUUUCUAUUGUAAUUAUUAGUCAUUUUCUUUGAAUAAAUAUUAAUAAUUUUUUCUCAAAAU